CGGAUGUGCUCGGUUUGCUAUUUAAUCCACUUUGUCCGGGUUCUUCUUGUGCCUUUUGGAGUCGAGCAAGUGUUGUAUAUCAUGAUAUGUAAGAGUACCCGCAGCCUCGCACAGCGUCCAGGGACGAGAAUAUGAAACAGUCUCGGCGGUUUCACAUCUCGCUGGCCAGAUCAGGGGCGGUAAAACAAGAGUAGAUGUAUGAAAAUAAACCUUCGUAUCCCCAAGACAUGCGACCAAGCCAUGUCGCAGCAAAAUGAGCUUCCAAGACAUUCUGGGCCAGCUGCCUCUGCUGAAAAGCUACACACACAUCCUGCUCUGUUUCUCUCUCCCUGAUUCACAUCGCGCAGCUGCCCUCGUUUCGUUGCAGUCCGCCACAAACCGCCUCGUCGCCGCAUUCCCCUUUCUCGCGGGCCAUGUCGUCCACGGGGGCAUCGCCCCAGGAAACUCGGGCGCGUUUACAGUUGAAUACGAUGCGGAUAAUCUCCCCGGCCACUCGAUUCUCACCGUCAAAGACAUUUCCGGCCUCAUGCCCCCGUAUAGGACUUUGUCCGCGGCGCGGGCAUCCCCGUCUAUGCUUCCUGGGGACAUCGUCGCCGGACCACGACCAGCUUUCCCAAAAUCCUACACUGACGAUGAGCCCGCGCCAGUGCUGGAAAUCCAGGUCUCACUGCUGCACGGCGGUCUCCUCCUCGAUAUCGCCGCGCAACAUAACAUUAUCGAUGCAACGGGGAUUUUCUACAUUGCGAACCUCCUCUCCAAGUUGAUAAACACUGAAAAUACGAACCCAGUUCCUCAGGCCGACCUUGUCUUGGGCAACCGCGAUAGACGAGACAUCAUCCCCCUCCUCCCAGACAAUGAGCCUUUUCCCAAGGACCUAGAUCUAGAUAUCUACACGGGUCCACGUCCUCCCCCGAUCAAUCCAGACAUCUUGUCCGAGUUCAAGUGGUAUCUUCUGCAUUUCACCCCCGAGUCCAUAUCCUCCAUCCACGCAGAAGCGAACAGCACACCGCCGGAUUUCGUCCGCGGGAUUCCCUCCGUUUCCGUCAACGACGCACUCACAGCCUUUACAUGGCAGUGUCUGACGAGGGCGCGGUGCGCGCUCUAUCCUGAUUUCUCCACCACCACCACUACCAACAGCGCAGGCGAGGCAGCCGAACCAACAACCCAACUCACCCGCGCCGCGGACCUCCGCCGCGCCAUGGCACUCACGACAGCGUACAUGGGCCACAUGGUUCGCACGUCGAAUACGCGCCUGCCCGUGCGGAUCGUCACGGCGUCGUCGCUCGCGUAUAUCUCCUCCUGCCUCCGCGCCACGCUACGGAGGGAUACAAGCCCGCGCGCUGUGAGGGCCUACGCGACGCUCCUCGCGCGGACCGAGGAUAAAUCGCGGAUCCUGUAUGCGGGGGGCUUUGAUCCGCUGAGGGACUUGAGUUGCUCGAGUGUGGCACAUGUGUCGAUUCCGCGGUUUGGGCAGCUGGGGGAGGUGGAGUUUGUAAGACGGCCGACGACGGGGGUUUUGCCGGGGGGGAUGUAUGUUGGGCCUGCCGUGGGGGAACGAGGAGAACCAGGAGGAGGGAGAGGGGGAGGGAAUGGGUAUAGAGGGGCUGAUGCGGCGGUUUGUUGGAGGGUUGCUGAGAUGGAGUGGCUUAGGGGGGACGAUGGCUGGAGUAAAAGGGUUGGGGUUUUCGAGUAGGGGAGUGGCAGCUGGCUGCUAUAGAGACCCUGUUAGUAAAUGUGAAUGCGGUAGAUAAUUUGAUAUCCAAGUAGCCAUGCUACCCUAGGUAGCAGCUUGUAUGUACGCAUUCGUUGGCUCCAAUGACGCGACGAUAUAUACCCUGUCAGGCAGUCGACUUGGAAGCAACCAAUAUAUGUCCGUGGAUAGUCAGUCGUAGUACCCUCUAAGCAACAGAGCAUGAAAUCAUUCACUAGGGUACACCUAUGCGGA